CACACACACACACACUGCAGCUGCUCACAUGUAAACAGCUGCACUUUUUAUUAGUCAGGAUGAUGCUGGAGCUGCUGCUGGUCGGAGUUGUGUUAGUCGGAGGUUAUUUUCUUCUUCAUAUGACUUUUUUCAAGUUGCCCCGAUGUAAAUCUACUGCAAAGUUACAUGGGAAAACUGCCAUUGUCACUGGAGCAAACACCGGCAUCGGUAAGACCACAGCGAUGAACCUGGCCAGGAGGGGCGCGAGGGUGAUCAUGGCCUGCAGAGACAGAAAGCGAGCUGAGGCCGCAAUCCAGGAAAUCAUCCAGGAGACGGGGAACAGCCAGGUGAUCUUCAUGCAGCUCGACCUGGCCAGUCUGAAGUCUGUUCGCUCCUUUGCUGACAGCUUCCUCCAGUCUGAGUCCAGGCUGGAUCUGCUCAUCAACAACGCCGGUCUGAUGAGCGGUGGAAAGACGGAGGAUGGCUUCGGGAUGAUCUUUGGCGUCAAUCACCUAGGUCACUUCCUGUUGACAGUGUUGCUCCUGGACCGGCUGAAGGCGAGCGGGCCGAGCCGUGUGGUGACCGUGGCCUCCGUAGCACACGAGAUGGGGAAGGUGGAUUUUAACCUUUUGACGACUCAGAAAGAGUUAGGUAUCGGCAACGGCGACUAUCAGCUCUUCCAGAGGUAUUGCCACAGCAAACUGUGCAACGUCCUCUUCACCUACGAGCUCGCCAAGCGGCUGCAGGGCACUAAGGUCACCUGCUACAGCCUCCAUCCUGGGGCCAUAAAGACAGAGAUCGGUCGUUACUCUGGUUUCUGGUGGAAACUUAUCAUGACACCCAUCAUCUUCCUUUUCUUUGUGGAUGCUGACUCCGGAGCUCAGACCACGCUCCACUGUGCCCUGGAGGAAGGCAUCGAGCACCUCAGCGGCCACUACUUCACCCAGUGUGCGCCACUGUUGAACAUGAAGUCGAAGGCGAGAGACGACGCUGUGGCCAAGAAGCUGUGGGAGCUCAGUGAGAGUUUUUGCAGUCUGUCCUAAAACCAAACCUGAAUCUAAGCUUUUUUUUUUUUUUCAUCGCAGAGUAAACUCUGUAUUUUCCUACAAUCACGAAACACUAAGUAAUAAUUACUUCUCUCCUUGAUCUACCUAAAGGUGACUGAAAAUCAUUUUUGUAAGACAAAUGAAAAGAGCUUCUUUUGCUAUGUUAUGAAAUGUGGAAUACAUGUAAACGUUUUUCUUUAUUUCUAGUUUCAAAAGAGACCAAAUCUCAAAGCAAUGAUGCCGCCAUAAAAGGUGGAAACACACACAGCUUGAACAUGAUUCUCAAUGUAUGACACUGUUUUUAAAUUCAGUAAAACCUAAUCCUAAUCCUCAGUUUACUUUACUAAACACGGUUUUAUUACCUUCAUACUUCAUUACUUUAAAAAUUAUUUUAACUUGUUUAUUAUUUAAUUUAUUAGCUUUAUUCAUGAAUGAGGUCUAACAGGAAGUUUGACACUCUGCAGGAUAACAUACUGCACAUUUCUGUGGAUUUAACAUCCAAACCAUAAAAUAUUUACUUAUUUUGGGUAAAAACAAUGAUUUAUACUCAUUUUUGAGUUUUGACAUUUUCUUUGAAUUUGCACGCUUUGCGUUUGUAACAAAGGGAACGGUUACUACUACAGUAUGUUUCUACGUAUUGGGUUUUAACAAGGUCAGAAGGAAAGAAACAUAUUUAAAGGGGGAGCGAAUUGGCUGACUUUGAAACAUACAACAAUGGGACCCCAAAACAACAAGGAUGUAAAUCCAAUGUCAACAAAACACAUAAGAUUAAGUAAAAUCUAAGUGAAAAAUCUUUUUAUUUUUUAAUUCAUCUCUUUACGGAAUAAAAUUUUAAUUAUCUUA